AGCAAACGAACAUGGGCGAAAAGCUGUCCCCCUCCCCGGUGGCAACAGCGGAACCCACCAGCAACGGCAAGGAGGUGCCUAAAGACAAAACAAAGCAUCGCCGUAACAGUAAGGAAGAGAAACAAUCGUCCACCAAGAGGGCGACACUGAAAUGGCAACCAUCACAAGAGGGCGACGCACAGGAGCGUAAAUCCAUCCUAACGGCCUACAUCCUAUGGCUGUUUGGUGGUGUGUUUGGUGUUCACCAUUUCUAUCUGCGCCAGGAUCGCCGUGCAUUCCUGUGGUGGAGUACGCUCGGAUAUUUCGGCAUCGGUUGGAUCGCAGAAGUACUGCAGAUACCGUCCAUGGUGCGGGAUGCCAACGAGGAUCCGCGCUUUGUGGAGGAAUUUAACGCCAAGCUACGCACGAACCGGAAACCACCAUUUUCUACCUGGCGUUUCCUGCUGGCGAUCAUGAUCGGUUACUGGUGGGGUCAGAUGAUCAUGAUUGCGAUACCGCAGGCGGUAUUUUUCGGUGUCGAUUGGGGCUUUCUGCAUUGGCUGAUCCCUUUUGGAGUUGCUCUAGGUGUCUGGACGGUGGGUAAUAUGGGACGCGAGAAGGGUGUCUUUUGGCAUUGUCUGGUAGCAUCGUAUGGUUCCUACCUUUCGCGAUACUUCAUCAUGGACGAGAGUUACUGGUUCACGACGAUGGCAUUCUGUUGUGCGCUGGCGUUCGACCACUUCUCCAAGAAAUGGAAUCUGGAAGUUCCGAAGAAAAAGCGUCUUACCAGACGACUAGCCACGUUAACCGCAGCGGCAGUGAUCUACCUUUCCCUGUGGGGUUGCUUUGUUUACUUCAAUGGCACAAUCACGGACAGCGAGGGUGACGAGGUGCCGGUACACGAAGCUUUGUACAACUUCCUCAAAUCACCCUGGUGGACGGAUCUGAAGCAAACGCUUUACGAUACGGUACAGUUUGCGAAGCAUCACGGUUGGGCGGAGGUUUGGAAACAAAUCAUCGACUCGAUGGAUGCGGACGGUGAGCAGAACGCGUACAAGGUGUUGGGCAUCAGUGCGACCGCUUCGCAGAACGAAAUCAACACACUGUGCCGCAACCUGUCGAAGGAAUCGCACCCGGACAAGGUGAAGGACGAGAGCAAACGGCGCGCCGCGGAAGAACGGUUCAUGGAGAUACAGCAGGCGUGCGAGGUGUUGAGCAAAACGCGCAGGAAGCGCCGCCAGCGGAAUAAGAAAUCGGACGAACUUUAGUGCGGU